AUUUAUUUAUUCACACCUCUGUGCUAACAUACAAUUAUUAGCCUACAUAAAAUAUCACAAUAUUAAUGUCUAAAUAACAUAGUAUGAUGGCAACAAGUAUAGGUAUAUUACUAUUUUUUUAAAAUUUGAUUAAACAAGGUUGAUCAAAUUAUUAGGGCUUCAAUUUUAAUAAAACGACUUGAUAAUUUGGCCAACCCUGUAUCCACAAGUCUAGAUUUAUUUAAAAAUAACUUAUUUAAAUCACUUGCUGCAAUAAUACCAAAAAAUAUAUGGUGGUAAUAUUAUGGAUAUGAAUUUAUUUAUUAAAGUUUAUAAUACAACCAUUUAUUUAUAACAAUGAGUAACUGAUAUGGUUUGGGAUAAUCCAAUGUUUAGUUACCUAUUUAAGUAUCUGCGAAUAAUCAAUACCUUGGAAAUUUUGUUUUAGUGCAAACAAUUUAAAAUAUAAAUUUUUCAUUCUCGCCAAAAAACUUGUAUGAAGACAUAGUUCUUAAUAAUGAGUGGUCAGUAAAAGUUUUUGGGUCUCUGUGUUGUUUUUCGUAAUAGUUUUAAACUUGGUAUUGUAUUUUCCGCAUGAACCGACUUUGGCAUAUUAAAGUAAGCAAAGCAUUAACCAAAUAUAGACCACAAGACAACAGAAUAAUGUCUUUAGUUCUCUCCUAUUGUUCGUUUCAGUCUGCAGUUAUCCUUUGUUUCAUUGUUGUUGAAGCCUUAUUUCGACCCCAAUUUGUCGUAUCUUUGUUUCCCUGUCUGUUUCCUAAUUAUUUACUUAAAUGCCGUUUUAUGCUUUAAUUUAUUUUUUACAAGAGUGUGGCCACCAUGUUUACUUAUCGUUGAGUCAAAUAGGUAGUUGGAGAUGAGAAAGUCAUAUUGUAUGCUGUUGUAAUGGGUAAUAACACUAUAGUUUACAGCCAUUUUGCUCAACAUGUCUGACUAUCAUUUUCUUGUGUAGUUUGGCUUACUAAACUCGAAAAUUUUUCAUAGAAGCGUUUUCGAGAUAUGGAUUUUCAAUUGUUUUUUUUUUAAUUUUUUGAGGUGUUUUGAAGUUUUAGAGUAUACUUAGAGUUCUAAUUGAUCGGUUUGACCAAACAAGCACUAAAAUUAAAGGGAAUUAAGCCAUCUACAACUUUCUCUUGUAUAGUUUUGGUAACGGCUCAGUAGUUCGAUACUGGCGAUUUUAUGAAGUUGAAAAAGUUUUUUUUUUUACAAAAUCGAGGUCGAAAAUUUACAUAUCUUUUUGUUAAAAAUCCAUGGAUAAAUGGCGAAGUUAUGAAUUUUUAGUGGAAGACCAAAAUCCAGUUUUUCGAGAAUGUUUUUUCUUCAUUUUAUUGAAUUAUAUAAAAUUUAAUAUUGAACAUUGAUUUUUAUUUUAAACAUUAAAUAUUGAAAUCAAAUUAUAUAUUGAAUAUUGAAGAAUAAAUAUUGAACAUUGAGAUAUAAGAUAUUGAAAGUUUUAUUUUGUUGUAAUAGGCAUAUUUUUAAAAAUAUUCUGGCUCCUUCUUUGUUUUUUGUUGCUUUCGUAUCCCGUUUCUCUUAUGAGGGACCAAAUGUAAUCACCCAUCAUGGCUGCAUCCCAGAGCCAUGAUACCGCCGCUCCAUAGCCUUCAUUUGCUGGUGAAAACGUUCUCCGUGCUCAUCACUUACGUCGCCCAGAUUGUCGGUUAUUUAUGCACUCAAACUAUCUACUUCUUUUACUCAUUUUACUUUUUUUAUUAACUAAAUAUAACCAUGAUAAAAAUACCUUGUUGAAAUAUCAGUAAAAUGUCACUAUGCCAAUAGGAGAAACAAAAGAAUUCACGUUUGCGGAGUCAUGUCAAAUUUAAAUUUUGAAUAAUGUUUUUGGUGAAAAAUGUACGUUAAAAACUCAAAAAAUUUCAAUAAAGCACUUUACUUAGGUUUUCAUUAAAGAAUAAAGAUAUUACAAAAUAAAAGAAAAAAAAUAAAAUAAAAAUCCUCAAAAAGCUGAAUUUUGGUCUAUUCAUAACUUCGCCAUUUUUCCAUGUAUUUUUAUCAACAUUAGCUUGUUUUUUUUGUAAAAAUGUCAGCUUCACGAAAAAAAAAUCAAACUAGAGUUAUCUUUUUGAUUUAAGCCUUUUCCAGGACGAUAUGUAAAUUUUCGCCAUAAAAUUUUUUUAAGUUAUUAAAAUCGCUAGCGUCAAAAUACUUAUCCGAUAUCAAAAGUAUGUAAAAGAAAGUUUUAGAGGGCUUAAAUACCUUCAAUUUCAGGUCUUGUUUGACCAAAUCGAUCGAUUAGAUUUCAAUCUAUACUCAAAAAGGUCAAAAUACCUACCUCCGAAAAUUGAAAAAAAAUCAAUUGAAAAUUCAUAUUUCAAAAACCAACCAAUUGAGUGUGAUUUUCGUGUUAAGUGGGACAAAAUACAUGGAAAAUUUAUAAUGGGAUAUGGUGGGCAGAUUAUUUUUUCGAUUUUGCAAACUAGUGUAAUUAAUCAGUUUUUCUGGAUGAUUUUUUUUAGUAGUAAUCAUCGAUUUAAAACGGUCUCCAUUGACUGUGUUUGAAGAAGCCUAUAAAGCACACCAAACAGUAACUGUUGGUUUUUACUCCAAUUUCUUUUGCAAAGGAAUCGACGUAAAAUUUUAUUGUGACAUAAGGAAGGUAAUAAUGACUGCAAAUUUGUAUGGCCAAAACCAAAAAUUCCUGAUUAUCAAAAAAACAAUCUGUACUGGCCAAUUCACGAGCCAGCCGCAUGAAAUCAUAUUUAAGCACUUAUGGCAUAAAAUUAUCUUGAUAAUGAAUAAAUCCAAUAUCAUUUUAUGUUUUAUUUCUAUACCCAAAAACACGGUAUACAGAGUUCCUGUCUAUACCUCUGAAUGUAUGCUUGUCAUUAACGUCAAAUAUGAACGAAGUAAUAGAACAGUUAAAACUAUUCAAAAGAAUCAGUUCCAAUGUGGAAAAUCACGAGGAGCUACUGACAAAUCAAAAGGUUAUAUUAUAUGCCGCUGUAAUGUUGGAAAAAAGCAAUUUAAAGGUAGUGGAACUUUGUCUGGACAUAAUUGAAAAUUUCAUUGGAAAUGAAAACACUCACAAGACUCUAAUAUCCACUUUUGGCAUCUACGAAGCAGUGGAAUCUCUUAACAUCAGAAUGAGAGGUGUAAACGAUGACAUUUUCAAAAGAUCCAACGACAUUACGGAAAUCUUACGAAACAGCACUCCUCCAGCAUAUAACACGCGUUCGAAAGCGAAGUGCUCGAAAAAGAAUACAUUGCAUCUGGUUUUCGUGGAAAAUUUAAGCAACAGCAAUAAAAAUCAAUUUGAACAAUCGCUGCUCAAAGUGAAAGGCGUAAUCUCGUUUUUAUUGGACAUGCAAUUACAAAGAUGCACUUUAAGGUUAUGCCCGAGUGUAACAAUUAAAGAAGUUGUAAAAAAGGUGCAGAACGAGGCUAAGCUUAAAUGUUUUGUAGUCACAAAGAAUAAAUUGGAUGGAAAUGAAAGUUUAUGUGAUAUUAUGCAGUUAAAACUUAAUAAAAGCUAUUUCGAGUAUCUCGAAGACGAAAUCAUAAGUCCUAGAAAGAUGGCAUUAAAAGAAGCCGGUAAAAAUGUUAUAAAUGGCGGAUGUAACUUUCUUAAAUCCGUUGCUACGUUCUGGAAUGAUUCGUUUUAUUGGUGACUUUAAUAAAAAACAAUUUAAUUUUCUUCUGUGUUUAAAUACCGUUGAAUACAAGAGCUGCAAUUUUAAAAUCCUUGUAAAACAAUUUGGCUAUAAAUAUUGAUUAUCUUCAACAAGGAAACAAUAAGAAGGAAUCGUAAAGUGUUUGCACUGAAACAACAGAUCUAUUGAUAAAUAUAGGUAUAAAGAAAGUUUAAAGUACGUUAAAAACCAAUAAAUUACAAUUUAACAACAAGUAGACAUACAUUUUUAAAAUUUCCUAAAGUAAUGCCGUCAUUUUAAAAGAG